CUAAAUCCGGAUUGGUUUGGUUCUUUUGACACGUCACAUUUAUCUCUGUUGUGUUGUGUUGUGUUGUGUUGCUACAGAGAUGUCGACGACGGUGUUUCCUUCCUCAACAUUCCGACCACCGUCCAUCCGCUGCUCCAACGACCGCCAGGCGCUUUUUAACCGCAUCGCUCCUGUCUAUGAUAACCUGAAUGAUUUGCUGAGCUUAGGUCAGCACCGAAUUUGGAAGCGAAUGGCAGUUUCAUGGACUCAAGCAAAAAUGGGUGAUCGUGUGUUGGAUGUGUGCUGUGGAAGUGGUGAUUUAGCUUUUCUCUUGUCCAACAAAGUUGCCUCCAAUGGCAAGGUGAUUGGUCUUGAUUUCUCAAAGGAACAGUUAAUGGUCGCCUCAUCACGGUCGUUUUCAAAGAAUUGCUUCAAGAAUAUUGAGUGGGUUGAAGGCGAUGCUCUUGACUUACCAUUUGCUGAUAAUUACUUUGAUGCAAUCACUAUGGGCUAUGGUCUACGAAAUGUUGUUGAUAAGCGUAAAGCCAUGCAGGAAAUUUUACGAGUGCUUAAACCUGGUUCCAAUGUGUCGAUCCUUGACUUCAAUAAAAGCAAUGAGCUACUAACUUCUUCAAUUACGGAGUGGAUGAUUGACAAUAUUGUUGUCCCUGCUGCCUCUGUUUAUGGCCUUUCAGAAGACUACAGAUAUCUCAAGAGGUCAAUAAGAGAAUUUUUAACAGGGAAGGAAUUGGAGAAACUUGCUUUAGAAGUAGGAUUUUCUACGGCCCGACAUUAUGAGAUUGGUGGAGGCCUCAUGGGGUGCUUGGUAGCCAAAAAUUAGAUUAGUUAAGGGAUCAUCUUUGUGUACCAAUAGAUUCCCACCACCAUUUUUUUUUUCUGGUGUGGACUGUGUUCAAGCUGUAUAAAUAUAAACUAUGCUGCUAAUUCAAAUGCGCGCAGCUCUUUUAUUGCCUAAAGUUCUUCUGUUAAAUAAUUUUAUUUGCAACGUCA